AUGGACAUGAAUUAUAAUUUUUCAAAUUCAAUUAACAGUCAUUCACGAAGAACCUCCAACCAAAGUACUGAUUCAGGGGUGACAAACUCUAAUACAACAAUUUCUAACUCAACAAUUUAUAAAAAACAAAAAUCUAGUGGUUUUGAUUAUAUAUCAAGAGCAUUGAUGGCUGUUUCCUCAAACGCUUUAACAGAACAUCAAAAUUUUUUUAAAUGGAACUUUGAUAAAAAAAUUCCUGACAAAGAGUAUGUCCUAGCAGCUAUACCUUGUUAUGAAGCUGAGGAUACAACAAGAAAUGGAUUUUUGUAUGUUACACCAAAGUACCUUGCUUAUACCUCUAGUUAUGUACAAUGUUAUUUUUUAUUAGCUGAUAUCAAAAAAAUUUGUAAACAUCAUAUAGAAAGUUAUGGAACAGAUUAUUUAGAAGUUUUUCUAGAGAAUGGUACUACUUAUAAAUUUCAUGGAAUUACUGAUAUUUUAAAUGUUUAUUGGUUAAUUUAUGAAUUAAAAAUAUUGAAAUGGGACAAUUAUUGGAUGAAGAAGAGUGGUUUUACAAGAAAAAUAAAAUCAUCAAUGAAAUUAAAAACUUAUAAAAAUUAUUUUAAAGUUAAAAAUGGUGUUAGAAAGUUUAAAAGUUUGGAUAAAUUAACCAGAGAUGAUGAUGUAAAUAAUAAACUUUCACUAACUAAAGCUAAAGAAACUUUAAAUGCUUUAGUGGUUGAUACUGGAAAAAAAGACCAAGUUACAGAUGAAAGAACAGUCCGAAAUAAUAAAAAAGAAUCACAAAUAAUAAAAGCUUACAACUCUUUUGCACGGAAAAAAAACAAAAUUCCAUUUCUUGAUUUGAAUAGUGUGAAAACAAAUGAAUCAGAUCAAUUAUCUUUAUCUGAUGUUUCAACUUCCAUUGAUAGAGAAGAUUCAUCAUCAGCAACAAAUUCUUGUACUGUUUCAACAUCAUCACCAUCUCUGAAUGAUCGAGAGAAGUGUUUUGAUGUUACUGGAAAUGGUGAUGAAUGUAAUAAAAUUUCUUAUCCUGUAUCUUGUGGAUGUCUAGAGCAUGCUGGAAGAAAACACAUUGAUUCAACCUACAAUAUUCCUCUUAACAUAUUUUUCCAAGUACUUUUUUCAAAUGUACCAUGGUAUGAGCAACUUAAAAGUUUUAUCGCAACAUCCUCUAAGGAGAUGGCUUUUUUUGGAAAAAUGGAUAAAGCUAUUGCUGAAGAAUGGAAAUUAAUAGAUAAAGAUAAUAAAACUUAUUAUAGAAAUGUUAAAUUUACAAUGUCUUUUAAUCAAACAAUGUUUUCUGGAAAAAUAAAUGUUACAGAAGAACAAACAUUAUCACCAAUUAAUGAUAAUUAUGAUAAUGGUGCUAAACUUGUCAAAAGAGUUUUUAAUACCGGUGUUCCGAUGGCUGAUGCAUUUUAUGUUGAGGUAACAUAUUGUUUAACCAGGUAUUCUGAACUUCAGACACACCUUCAAGUUUAUGGUAAUGUUGUACUUCGUAAACAGAAAGGAUUUUUUGCUUCAAUUAAAAAUUCUCUUCCAUUUGAUGCCAUAACCCAAUCUGGUCUUUCAGAUCAUUACUCAUCACUAAAUCGUGUUCUUUAUCUUUUUUCUGCCGAUACAACAAUGUACAAUAGUCUUCUUGAUAUCUUAGGCAAAAAUGAUAGCGCUCAAGGGAUUCCAAUUAUUUUUAAAAUUCCUUUUACAAAUUCCAUUGAAUCAGAGUGCGUCUUUAAUAGUGAAUCAAAUUUAGAUGUAUCAACAUUAAAAGAAGAUAUAUGUUCACAAAUAUACAAUAAAAAUUCUAUGGAUUCUGAUUUAUUAGGCCAGAUCAAUGAAAUUAUUGAUAAAUCUGUUAUUACAAGAAAUAUUAAUUCCAUUAAUUUGUCUUCCAACAAAAUUGCAGGUACUGUUGAUUCAUUAAAUUUGAAAUUAGAUAAUAUGGCAAAACAACUCAGGUUGGUUAUUGUUAUACUUGGAUUAUCAAUGACAUGUCAAAUAUUUUAUAUUCUUCAUUUUUACAUAUUUGCAUAA